AUGUUCUUCUCCAGGAUGAGGGACCGUGGAAGGCUGGACAAGUCCCUGGUGAGGGAGCUGAAGUCUUGUUGCUCCGUGGAGGACCACUUUCUUCCCAGGAAGUCUGGUUUGAAGAUGAUGGAGAAAACUGAGAACGGCGUGUCGGCCAAAUGCAGAGACGCCCGAGUGGAGGAGCUGUGGGGUUUGACCAGCUUUUUUGGCUACAGCACCCAAACUUUUGCACAGGCGGUCAAUCUGCUGGACAGAUUUCUCACAAAUGUGAAGGCUCAGCCCAAACACGUGCCGUGCAUCGCCGUCUGCUGCCUCCACUUGGCGGCCGGCGUGACGGAGGAGGCCAGCAAUGUGGCACCUGGCCGCGAGCUCAUUCGCAUCAGCCAGAGCAAGUUCACAGAGUCGGACCUGCGCCGCAUGGAGAAGGUCAUUUCGGAGAAACUGGGCCCGGAGCCCAGGGCUGCGGUGACGGCCCUGACCUUUCUGCACCUCUACCACUCGGCCUUGACCUGCGCGUGCGCCCAGGGGGUGGAGAUCCCCGGCGUCGGGAGGCUGGAAGCUCAGCUCAAAUCCUGCCUAUGUCGGCUGGUUUUCUCCAAAGCCAAAUCGUCCGUGCUGGCGCUUGCCCUCGUCGCCCAGGAGUUGGAGACCCUGCAGUCCCACACCGCCUCCGAGAUUGUACAGCAACUGCAGAGACACGCAAAGAUCAGCGACAGCGAGCUGCUCCACUGGCAGCAAGUGGUGUCCCAGCGCAUGAAGGAGUACCGCUCCAGUCAGUGCCACAAGCCCGACAACAAGAAGCUGGUGUGGAUCGUCUCCAGGAGGACGGCGCUGGGGCUCCACGCCGCUCAUUUCAGCGUCCCGGGCCUGCCGACCAUACCGGAGGGCGGCUGGGACGAGAGUGAAAGCGAGGACUCUGGCGAGGACACGAGCUGUGGCGAAGACAGUCCGUGCGGCUCGUUGGGCAGCAAGGGCGAAGGAUCCUACUUUCCUGCGUCGUUUCCUUCAUCGACGCACAAAACCACGCACCGAACGGCCUCGUAACCACGACACAGACCUCGACUUCGUCAUGAAAGUCAACCUCCAGGAUUUGUUACUCCCAUGAAAAUGACAUUUUGGCAGCUUGCCGUCAUGUGACCUCACAUGUCCGCACAUUCCAGACAACAAACCUGCUAACAUGCUAAUUCCUGUCCUUAUUAAUAAAACAAGUGCCGGUAUGCAGUAGGGAAAGGCGCCAUUUCUGGGUGGAUCUCGUGUAAGAGGAAGCGGGGCACAUGGCAACUGAAAUUUGUCACGUUUCAUGUGUCAGGCAAAGCGUGACAAAUGGGGCCGUAUAAAAUCCCCUUCUUACUGUGUGUUGUUACUAUAAUGUGCAAUAAUGUGACUGAGUCUUCAUGUUUGUUAAGAGAGAAAAAUGUACAUAACUUGGAAAGAAUGAAGAAAAAACAUUUUGUGUGUGAAUGUAAGCCAGAGUGGAUGUUAUCAGAACAUGUUACAAUGAAAUAACUUUUAAUACUA